CUCCAAGAGGAGUGGGGAGGGGGGGUCUGCUUUCCUGGGCUGGGCUGGGUGAGGUGGGGGGCUUCUUGCUUGCAACUUAUUGCUUGCAACUCUUUGCUUGCAACUGCCACCGCCGACCCCUUUCUCUUGUCUUCUCCCGCCUCCCCCCCCCUUUAAGGGUCUCUCUUCAACCGGAGUGGGGUAGAAGGGCUCCCAGGGACUGACUGCUCUGGGAUGGGGCGGGGGGGCGCCCUUUCCCCCCUCCCAACCCCGGUCCGCGCGAGGCCAAGGAAGGGCCCGAUCCACCGCCGCCUGGCGUUGGAGCCCCGCCGGUUCGCUGGCUCGGAGCCGCGUCCCCGAUGGUGCAGCUGGUAGCGCUGGUUUGGCGAAGGUUGUUGCGCAAGCGAUGGGUCCUGGGCAUCGUCUUCGGGCUGUCCCUCAUCUACUUCCUUAACAGCACCUUCAAGCAGGAAGAGAGAGUGCUGCGGGAUCGGAAUUUCCCCCAAGCUCAAGACGAAAAUCGGCCCAUCGCCUGGAAAGUCCAUUUCAGCUUGGGGAAUAGCAGCCAGCCGAACAACCAAUGUCGGAACUCUGUCCAAGGGAAAUUGUUGAUCACGGAUGAGUUGGGUUACAUCUGCGAAAGGAAGGACCUGCUGGCGAACGGGUGUUGCAAUGUGGAGGCGCCCGGUGUCAAGUUGUACAGCUGCGACAGCUGCCUGCCGAGCGGAUGUUGCAGUGUCUAUGAGGCCUGUGUGUCCUGCUGCUUACAGCCCAACAAGCAACAGCUCCUUGAGCAUUUUCUAAACCGAGCGGCCGUGGCCUUUCGGAAUCUCUUCAUGGCUGUGGAAGAUCACUUCGAGCUCUGCCUGGCCAAGUGCAGGACCUCCUCCCAGAGCGUGCAACAUGAAAACACCUACCGCAACCCUAUUGCUAAAUACUGCUAUGGGGAAUUCCCCCCAGAUCUUCUGUCUGUGUGAAAAUGCUGGAGAAACGGACAAGGGCUUGAAACGAGACCCGGCAGUGAAAGUGAGAACGUGGCAACCAGGCUGGCUGGGUCCCUUCGGCAGUCCCCAGCUUCACCUUCCGAAUUGUUUAGCCUGCUACCCUCUCCCUGCAGCUGCGAUGGGGAGCAAAACAGGUGGAAAUUUACAAAUGGCUGGAUUCAGAGGUUUGCAUUACGGACUCAGAUGAAACAUGGACCUAAGACUUUAAAGUUCCUCAUCAAUCUCAGACACGUGGGACCCCUGGUAGAUGGAGAAGGCCAUCGGAGUAGCCAAGAUCGCAGACAGGAGUUUUGUUUGUUCUUGAUGGAAACUGCUUAGAAAAAAUGUAUUCAAGCAAUGAGAAGAUACUUGAGGAGUGGCGCGGUGGCCUAGAGGUGGAGCUCUCACCUUGCAUUCAAGGAGGCUGUGAGUUCAAUCCUAGGUAGCGGCAGGUAUUUCUCCCUCUGGGCGCAAUGAGAAUAUAUCUGCUGAACAAAACUCCGCACUGGCGGGAGGAAAGUCAUCCGGCCAGUAAAACACUCUGCUAGCUCCAUUCAGUUGCCCAGACUCCACCCUGCAAGGGAUUAUGGGUUCGUUAAAAGAUGAUGAUGAAUGAGAAGAUACUUGUAUUAGACCGACAGUUUUUGUUGUUUUUUGGUUAAUUUUGCACUAUACUUCUGUUGACUCCCAUCUAAGGUAAACAUAGCAAAGCACUAACAUGGCUGGCUGGGGAAUUCUGUGAGUGGAAGUCCACAAGUCAUAAAGUUGCCAAGGUUGGAGAUCCCUGGCUUAGCUCAACCUUCUGCAGCUUGGUCUUUCCAGGUGUGUUGAGGUGCAGCAUCCUCCAUGACCAACUUCUGGAUUCUUUCAUCUCAAUAAUCCUUGCAAGGUUUCAGUCUGGGGGAAAAAAAGAUAGAAGGAGAAUUGAGAAGGGAAGUGCCGUGUUCUUGAUUUAGAACAGGGGUCAGCAACCUGCAGCUCUGGAGCCGCAUGUGGCUCUUUCAUCCCUCUGCUGCGGCUCCCUGUCACUGGUCGGCUCCACAAUUGAUAGGGGUUUCAGUUAGGACAGGUAGAGAAAAAAGGAUGCUGCGCUAGGAGGAGACUCUAUGGUGGGGGAACCAGACUUCUGGUCAGCUCCAGAAUUGAACAGGGGCUUUUGGUUAGGACCUUUGUGGCUCUUUGAGUGCUUAAGGUUGCCGACCCCUGAUUUAGAAUAUCCCAGAACAGAGUUCUGAAUUCAUCAGAGAAAAGAAGGAGGCACAUUCUCUUCUUUGAUAGAAGUUUAAAAAAUUUGGGGUGAAUUGGUUGCCUUGAUCUCUAGCCUCCCAUUUCUAAGAUUUGUUGUCAAUUCCCUGAAAGAAGCGUCCAUUUUAGUAACUGGUUGAUGAGCUUGUUGAUCGAAAGGUCAGCAGUUCAGCGGUUUGAAUCCCUAGUGGUGCCGCAUAACGGGGUGAGCUCCUGUGACUUGUUCCAGCUUCUGCCAACCUAGCAGUUCGAAAGCACUUUAAAAAAAUGCAAGUAGAAAAACAGGGACCACCUUUGGUGGGAAGGGAACAGCGUUCCGUGCGCCUUUGGUGUUGAGUCAUGCCGGCCACAUGACCAUGGAGAUGUCUUCAGACAGCGCUGGCUCUUCGGCUUUAAAAUGGAGAUGAGCACCGCCCCCUAGAGUCGGGAACAACUAGCACGUAGGUGCGAGGAGAACCUUUUUACCUUUUAUGCAAGUUGUACUCAGUUCUGAUUUUCCCAAAUGGAUGUCCUCUCUGUUGGGUCACAGUUCUCAUCAUUCUCAAUAGGUUACGGCCGUAAAAUGGCAACCAGGUGACCGCAGAGGCUGCGGAAGGCAGAUGGGAUGGAGGAUCUGCAAGAAUUCUUUUGACGUCUGAGAAACACCAAAACUUAAUGAUCAGCAAAGCUGAAUUUCAGGCAGGAAGAACGGCUUUGUCUUCCUAUUUUUCUGACUUUCGACAUCGCUUGGCAUAUCGGAGAAAUCGAACGUCUAGUUACGGGCAAUGGGUCUCCAGGGGAAAAGAGCUUUUAAAAAGAUUAGAUAGAUUUGUGGAAAGAGAAGACUAGGUUAUUAAUCAUCGUAGCAUUUUAGUUUGAAGUGGAAAGAGGGGUGCAAACCGUUAGCUUUGUGCUUCUCUGUCUGUCUGGUCGCUAAAAAAGAACAUGCUACAUCAGACCUGAUGGACAAAAGAACACCUCUUAAACGAAACAAUAGACGGAAUUAUUAGAUUAAGGGACAAUGUGCUUUCUCUCAUGUUUCUAGGCUGUAAAUUGUAGUCUAGGUAGUCCUCAACUUUACAAUGGUAUUUGAACCCAGAGUUAUUCUGUAAGUCAUUGUUGUGACCCAAGUAGGUAGUAGGAAACUCAGUCAGUGUAAAAACAAACAAACUUUAUUAGAGCAGCUGAGAAUUACUUCAUUCCCAGCGUAGUUCAACUAAAUUAAAGCAAAUUCCUCCCAACACAAUUCCUCAGUCCGAUCACCAACUUUGGUCCAAUUAGGUAAACUGCCAAAGGCCUUUCUUGGCAAAUGUUCAGAAGACACCGAUACAAAAACAAAGGCAACAAGAUGAAGCUAUCAACACUGUUUUCCAGCAAAGAGCCCAAAUGCUGUUUCUGGUGUUUUAAACCUUAUGGGAGGGGCCAAUCAUCUCUUGGCCUUACUCCCGAGUCGUCCUCUUUGCUUGAGCUGCUCUUGCCUUCUGGCAGCUCUUCUCAUGCGUGCAUUAGGAACAGGCUCCUCCUGUUCCUCUGCCUCACUACUGUCAGUCUCUGGAGGUUCCAGAGUCUGCCCCUCACUUCCCGAUGGCCCUGGCCCCACCUCAGCCUCCAACGCAGAGCCCUCAUCCGGGCCUUCCCCAGCCUCCAGGACUGGCCCAUGUUCUUCCUCAGUCUCAUCGCUGUCCGAUUCCGUUGCCAGCUCCACAGGUUGCUGGCGGACCACAACAUUGCAGUUGUUAAACCGUUCGCCAUCUGACCGUUCCCGAUUUUAUGACCUUUUUGCAGUGGUGGUUAAGCAGAUCCAUUUUAUCCAAUGAGGUCUUUUGGGAAACUGAAAAGUACAACUCUGGAAACGCACCAAAAAAAAAAAAAAAUGUUUGAAAAUUGCAGUCGUGUGACAGCCAGACACCACAAAUGACUGUAAAUAUGAGCCAAUUGCCAAGCGCCCAAAAUGUGGAUCACAUGACUGCAAGUUUUCAGAACUUUAAAAAAUUGGAUUUCAAGUACCUUUCAGAGCGUCCUGUCAUAACUUGAAACAUUUGCUAGGCAGCCGGUUGUUAAGAGAGAACUACCUGUACGGGCACAAAUGUCAAAGGACUUAUCUUGGACAUGAAGGCUGAGCUGAAUCCAUCAUGGCAUCUAGCAGAAUUUAGUUUGAAUGUCUGCAACUCCUUUUCGUGUAUUUAAGAGUAGAUGGACACUCCAAGGUUUCACUGUCAUUUCCCUGCCCUUGUUAACUGUUUUGAACGUUGUUUUGUGAACUUUUGCAUUGGCUUAAUAAAGGUAUUGCCCUGA